AUGCAGCUCGCGCUCUUUCUCGCAGGAGUGAGCGCGUGGCUAUCGGUGCUUUUGUUAUUGCCAGAAACCGUGCAGCCCGACUCGCAAGGCCUGUCGCGGUACCUCCGGGAGAAGGGCAAGCAGCUGGACAGCUGGGUGUGGGUCUGGCUAAACCCGUUUCAAAGCCUGUGGCCACUGAAAAGUCCGAACGUCUUGGAAGUUACUUUGGCAGGCACCUUCGUGUUGAUGACGGACUUCGUGCUUAUGACUCCAUUAGCUCAUACCGUCCUGAGUCAGAUAUUCCGUACUUACGUACCGGCUGCGUGCGACCUAUUGGGGAGCGCUGGUCUCGUACCCGUGUCGAUACUCCUGAGCGGGCUUUUAACGCAAUUCUUUGAUGGGACGCCGGGCAUCGUCCUGAACUUGAUCUGCCUGUUUGUCAACGGCAUCGGGAUCGAUAACGUGCUGAGCCCGUCGAACGCGUAUUACGUGCACAGACAGAGCGCGGAGGUCAUCGCAACCAGCGGCGCAUUCCGGAGCAUCAUCCUGGCCGCCAGCACCGCCUGCGUCCUCCCUCUGAUCAACCUCAUCGGCGUGGCCGCGACGGACGCGCUGGCAGCUGCCAUCGCAUGGCUGGGCUUCGUGUAA